AUGCUCUUGAUUUCUGAUUUCAGUCACUCUAUCAUCGUGUUUCCUGCUUUCAAUGAAAGCUACAAAACCCGUAAGCGAACAUUCAAAUGUUGUCAAAACUGCCGGGUUAAAAGAGUUAAAUGUACUAAAGAUCAUGAAUUCUUAGGUUGUUCAAAUUGUCAUAAAUAUAACUUACAGUGUGAUUUGGCUACGGCAUCUUCAUUCAGUAGCCAGUCACCUCCAAGUAAAUCCCAGUCACCACAGAACUUGAAUGCUCCGGGUCCUAAUCAUUCAAGCAAGAGUAACUCACCACCAACAAACCACUUAAAGAAUGAACGAAUAUCAAGAAAGAGAACUGCAACUCCCGAAAUCACAUCAAAGAGGCGAAGCAGUGCAACUUCUGUUUCUACUCAGACGGGAGAGCUUGAUAUGAAAACCAUUACUCCUCAGUAUCUCAAGAACAGGUUUAAUUUCAAUAUAUCUGGACCAGAUUCAGUUUCCUCGUAUCAAUACGUAUAUCAAGAUCACCCCAAGGCGAUUGUUUAUAGAAAGAUUACCGACAAGUCAAUAUAUCAUGAAUCAGGUGUUUACGUUGACUUUCAACAUGAAAACCCUAAUGAAACUCCUGAUGAAAAUUCUGAAGACUCAAAGCCAUAUAAACUAAGAAACUUUGACGGAUCAGAAAGACAAGCAUAUAUAAAAAACAGAAGAACUUUUGAGUUCUUGCUAUCACUAGAUGCUUUUACGUUAUCCAGUGAAAAUUUUCAAAUUACAGAGGCUGAAGUCAAUGAUCUUAUAAAACUUUACUUUUUGAAAUUAAAUUCCAUUUUUCCAAUUGUUCAUACGAAAAGGUUUUGGGAUGAUUUUCUGGAGAAUAAAGCACAAAGUGUGAUUAUUUAUGCAAUAGUAUUAGCCAUUCUGAGAGAUAAAAUGGCCGAAAAAGUACUCAAGAAUGUAUUCUUAAGAACCAAGAAGAAAUCUGAUUUCAGGGCAAAUGAAAUGAGUAACAGGGAAUAUCAUGAUUACUUUGUUGAGUUCACCACAGAGUUGGAAUACAAAAUUCGCCAAAUUCUUCUUAUAUUACCCGAGUUGGGGGAUAAUGAUAAAGUUACAAGAUUGAGUACUCACUUACUAUUAUCAUACCAUUUUAGGUUUGACAAAUUAGGUAAUGAACAAAGCUCUCAUGAUCUAUGUGCCGCAAUUAACUUGGCUGGGUCCUUAGGGAUGCAAAUGAAAAUCACCGAUAAAAAUGUUCCUGAAGAGAAGAUUGAGUAUUCAAGAAAUAUUUGGUGGUGCUGUUACAUUUUCGAUCGGUUUAAUGCAAUUAUUAAUUGUCGUUUUCUUUUCAUAAGGAAAAAUGAUUUCAAUGUUGAGCUUCCAACAAAUUUGCCUUAUUUAUUUAGCAUGGUGAAAAUGGCAAAGUCAUUUGAGCAGAUGUUAUUUGCAAUAUAUCAGCCAUUUGACAAUGAGCACAGAACAGAUGAUACUUUAGCAUAUAGGCAACAAAUGUUUGAUAUUGAUGGUUUCCAAAAUAAAGAAUUUGCAAAAUGUGAUGAAGAGUUCCAAAAAGUUAAGAAAGGUUUAAUCCAUGAACCUUUACAAAACUGUAGUACAAUAGAAGGUUUACAGGAAAACAUUGUACCUUAUCUCAAUAGCUCGAUUGAGUUCUUAACCAGAAUGAGUAAUAAUAUUCUUAUUCUAGCAUCUCAAAAGGCCAAAUACGAUGAUCUGGAGAUUCCUAAUCGCAUUCCCGAAGAGGCGGCUUUACGUGCAUCCCUGAAUAUAUUAUGGUAUAUCAAUAAGACAAAACCGGAACUUCUUAUCCAAAUACCGUUGGUUGUUUGGUGUAUUACACUCGCCAUGGCUUGUUCACUUAAGCGGAAGGCUCGAAACUCUUUGAAAGAAGGUGCGGGAAAUCCUGAACCUAAAGACCCUUAUUACGGUUUCACCAUUUUCGAUUACAUGAGUACAUUAGAAAUCUUUUCUGAUAAAUGGUGGGUAGUUGAAGAAAUCUGUCAUUUAUGCAAAGAUUUUAUCAAACAACUUGAAACUCCUCCAAAAUUAUUCAAUUCAAUUGAUGCAAAUCACAAGUCAAGCACAAACGAUUUAACGAAAUUUAUUCCUGGAACACCCAGACAAUCUGUUAAUUCAGCUAUACAAUCACCGGUCAAUCUAAAUAAAACAAAGUCAAUUCCCUCAAUAAAGAGUAUUCUUACUGAUGAUUUCAUGAACGGCAACGACCUCAAUUCGCACCCCAUCACAAAUGCUCUUCCACCGAUUACAACUCCCACGCAAAUUGGAAAUUCUGGUCCUAUCUUGGGUAACAACCCCAUGAACAGUCACAGUGAUUUAAAUCCCAUCCAGAAUCAGAAUCCCGACCCAUCCUCCACCAAUGUUAACUCAGCACCUCAAUACGGCCCCAAUAUAAAUGGGUAUGAUGACUAUUUAGAAUCAAUGCAUAUUGACGUCUUUGAUAACGAAUUCUUCAAGGACUUACCAAAUCUUAUGAACUUCAUGAACUCUUAG